UCACGGGAGCUGUUUCUUUACGGACGUUAUACCGUUGAACUGACGGCGCUUUCAUGAAUGAAGUGUCAUUAUUUACAAUGGAGGCUUAAAAACAACAGCUCCCGGUUCACGUUGUUGUCGCUUUUGGGUCGCUUUAACGUAUCUAAAAGCUUUCUGUUGCCUGGACUAGUACCCCGUCUUGUGCGUAAAGUUUGCGUGUUAUCAGCGAGCCAGGCUGAGGAAGCAAUAGCGGUGCUGUUAGCCUGUUUAGCUAGUCGACCGCUUCCCUAAUUUUCAUAGUCCCAACAACAACAACAAAAUUGAGCAAAUAUGCUUGACAGUAUAAGUGAGCUCCCCGUUGAAAAGCAGAUAUUUUAUUCUGUUUUGGUCUUUUCGUGGACGGUGUAUCUAUGGGAGGCCUACCUUGCACAUAGACAGCGAAGGGUUUACAGGUUGACGACACAUGUGCCACAAGAGCUCGGAAAGAUAAUAGAUUCCGAAACAUUUGAGAAGUCUCGACUUUAUCAGCUCGAUAAAAGCAACUUCGGCUUUUGGUCUGGUCUGUAUUCAGAGACAGAAGGAACGUUGAUCCUCCUCCUGGGCGGGAUUCCUUUUCUGUGGGGCAUCGCCGGCGCAGGGAUGGAACACUUUGGAUUUGGCCCGGAGUACGAGAUCAUGCAGUCCCUUGUGUUUCUGACUCUCGCCACCCUGUUCACUGCUUUAACCGGCCUUCCCUGGAGUUUGUACAACACGUUUGUCAUUGAGGAGAAGCACGGCUUCAAUAAGCAGACGCUGGGGUUCUUCGUCAAAGACGCCGUGAAGAAGUUCGCCGUGACUCAGUGUAUCCUGCUGCCUGUAACCUCGCUGCUCCUCUACAUCAUAAAGAUUGGGGGCGACUACUUCUUCAUCUACGCCUGGCUCUUCACCCUGGGUGUUUCUCUGGUCCUAGUUACUAUCUACGCUGAUUAUAUCGCUCCCCUGUUUGACAAGUUCACUCCUUUGCCAGAAGGAGAGCUGAAGACUGAGAUCGAGGCCAUGGCCAAUAGUAUAAGCUUCCCUCUCACUAAGGUUUACGUGGUUGAAGGUUCCAAACGGUCUUCGCACAGCAAUGCGUACUUCUACGGCUUCUUCAAGAACAAACGCAUCGUGCUCUUUGACACCCUACUGGAGGACUAUUCCCCCCUCAACAAGGGGGACGAGGCAAAGCCCGAGCAACCGGAAAAUGACGGGGUUUACAGCGAAUCCAAAGCCAAGCCAAAGCACAAGAAACAAGGAUGCAACAACCAAGAGAUCCUUGCCGUUUUGGGUCACGAGCUGGGUCACUGGAAGCUCGGUCACACCGUCAAAAACAUUGUCAUCAGUCAGAUGAAUUCCUUCCUGUGUUUCUCCCUGUUUGCUGCUCUCAUUGGACGGAAGGAAUUGUUUGUCGCAUUUGGCUUCAAUGACAGCCAGCCGACCCUAAUUGGCUUGAUGAUUAUCUUCCAGUUCAUCUUUUCUCCUUAUAAUGAGCUUCUGUCCUUCUGCCUGACGGUCCUGAGCCGUAGGUUCGAGUUCCAGGCCGACGCUUUCGCGCGCAACAUGGGCAAAGCCUCUGAGCUCUACUCAUCCCUCAUCAAGCUGAACAAGGACAACCUGGGCUUCCCUGUGGCCGACUGGCUCUACUCCAUGUGGCACUACUCCCACCCGCCCUUGCUGGAGCGCCUCAGAGCGCUGGGCAACGUCAAGCAGGACUGAGGGGGCCGUAAGGGGGAGCGGCGAGCGCUGCCUCCUCCCAAGGGCCUCCGGAGACCCCUCCUGGCCCUGCGACGUCUCCCUUUGCCUCCCCCUCAUCUUAUUUUAUCUUCUUUUAGUAAAUUCAUUUAAGAAUUCAGUUUUGUGUUUGUUUUAAACAGAAAAACAUCAGCACAAGGCAGCCUAAAUAACUGAAGGGCACAGAGGCCUCAAGAACGAACGUACUAAGAAUACAUGUGGGCAAUGUUUUAAAUUGAAGUGUUUGUCAAUGUAAAAACCAUGUUUGGCAGAUUGGCUAAGAAGAAAUGAAUUUGUGCACUGUGUGUACUAUUAUGUAAACAAACCCAUGCCAUUCCAAAGCGGAUAAAGUGCAGUUUGACAGUAAGUUAACAUAAAAGUCAGAUGUGGCGAAUGAUGUGUGACAUAGACACACAGUCCAUAAUAUUCAUGUCCUUGCUUCCGUUGUCACUGUUUCAUCAGAAAUAUUAGUAACACUGAAUACUCCAGUUCCCAGUUUAGGCCGUGCUCUAUGUUAUCAAAUUGUGCCUCUUAAUUGUCUUUGUUCUGAUACUUGACCCUGUUAGAGACACAGCAGUGCUGACAUUUUCAUUUGCAGGUGAAUUUGACUUGUGAUUUUCAAUUUUCUUUGCGGGAGGGAAUGGGCACCUGUUUGCUGACUGGGGUCCAAUGUACCUCUUACAUAUGUGACUAAUGACAAGUGUAUUGAAAUUUGUUAUAGAAAGAGGAAAAAAUGAACUUUGGAUUUUCAAGUUUA